AUGGCUAAAAACCCCAAAGACAUGGCGAAUUCUAAAACAGAAAAGGAAAGUGUACCCCAGGUGGGUAGAACGAAUGUCAACUCCCAGACCUUGAAAAAGGUCUGCCUCGAGGAUUCUGGGGGAGGCAAAAAUUCGCUUGCACCAACAACAAAAAUGAAGAGAAUCUGCCAAAGACCACACUCACUAUAUAUUGCAACACACAAUGCCAGAACACUGUUAUCGGACGAAAAACUUCUAGAACUGGAAGAAGAACUUAAGAAUUUAAAAUGGGACAUACUGGGUAUAAGAGAAGCCCGCAGGAUAGGAGAGGGACAGGUUAUUUUGAAGUCCGGAAAUACAUUAUGCUACUCAGGUGAAGAAACUGCCAUAAGAGGCUUUGGAAUCCUAGUCCACAAAAAACACAACGAUAUGAUUGUAGAUGUCAAAAACAUAAGCCCACGAGUCAUAUGUUUAAAAAUCAAAUUAAAUAAAAAAUACUCUGUAAAGGUUAUUCAGGCAUAUGCACCAACUACCGAAAGUACAGAUGACGAAUUGGAGAACUUUUACGAAGAUGUAUCCAUUGCUCUACAAAAUAGAAAAACACACUAUACAAUGUUAAUUGGAGAUUUUAAUGCCAACGUUGGUAGCAAACAAGAUGAAGCGGAAACUUCAGUCAGCUAUCAUGGAUCGGGAAGUCGAAACGAAAGAGGCAGCGAUCACCGCAUUGUAAGAGCCGAGAUAAAAAUAAAUAUAAAGAAGGAAAGAACUAACAUGAUACUCAAGAAAAACCACAAGGAAUGGGUUGCCCCUGAAAAUAAAGAUUCUUAUAAGGAAUGUAUAGCCUCAAAUCUAAAUUAUGAAAAUACUAAUACGAUAGACGAAAUAUACGAAAACAUCAAAGGGGCCACUCAAACAGCUAUCGAAAAAUUUUGUCCCAAAAAAGUAAAAGAACAAAAACUGAAUCAAAGAACAGAACUUUUAAUGAAACAGAGAAGAGAUAUGGAGGACAAGAGUACACAAGAAUAUAGAACUUUAAAUAGAGAGAUACCCAAAGAAAUCAGAAAGCAUAGGAGGCAACAGAAUACGGAAAAAAUUAGGAACGUCAUAGAGAAGAAUCAAAGUUUGAAGGUAUUGAGAAAUAGUACAAUGGGAAGAAAAGAAAUACAAAAGAUCAAGGAUAUGCACGGCAACAUAGGGAUCAGAACCGACAUCCGAAAGGUAAUAAAUCAGGGGUCGGAAGAAAUUCCAGAAAUAACCGAGGAAGAAAUUAUCAGUGCCCUUAGAGAUAUGAAAAACAAUAGAGCUGCCGGCGACGAUGGACUGGUAAUAGAGUCAAUCCAAGAAGGAGGACCAGAAAUCAUCAAAGCUUUAAAUGUCCUAUUUAAUAAAUGCAUUGAAGAAGAAAUAACCCCAUCACAGUGGAACAACGCAACCAUCAUUAUUGUACACAAGAAAGGAAACGACUCAACGAAACCGCUACGUAUAGAACUCAAUUCAUAUUUAAAAAAGGCAUUGAUUCUUCGAAGCGCCUAUAAGCUGAAGGGAAAGAACAUUUUUAUUAACCACGAUCUUUCCAAGAAAGAGAGAGUGGUGAACAAGGUACUCAAACAAAAUUUAAAAGAGGCAAAGGAAAAGGGUUUAAGGGCGUACAUUAAAAGGGAUACUCUUGUAAUUGGCAGCGAAACUUAUAAUUACGAACAAUUGGUGGAGAGAGGAAAUAAAGGUAACGAAUCUGAUUGCGAAGUCUUUACCGAUAUUCCAUCUAGACCAUCCCUAAGUGCUCCGGGGACACCCGUCAACGAACAACCUGUACAACCUAUAGAGCGUCACAAGCAAGAAACUCACUAUCCGGAUCCAAAAGCUAAGCCGACCAGUACUAUUGAAUUUACCAUUAAUCCGGGACAUCGACUACGCAAACUCGCAGGGGUUCGGCUGGCCUUAUAA